AACCUAUGUAUAUAGCCAUGUAAAAUGCGUUGAAGUCACACUAAAGCGGCUUCGUCUGCCAGAAAUCGGAACUGAAAGAACUCGAUACGACUUUACAAAGAUAACGAAGCAGUAAACAUCGUAUAAGGGGAAGUUGGGUAAGAUUUUCGUUUUAUUCUUUGGUUUUCCUCCACAAUGGCUUCGAUGUUAGGACCUGGAAGCUCAACAGCAAACAUAUAUGUACCAGAAGAGUGGUCGGAGGCUGCUAAUUCCAUAGCCUAUGACUCAGUAACUUCCCCACCUCCUUUUUCUUUUAUCUGCGGCGCCAAAAACUCUGGCAAAACCACUUUCUCCCGUCACCUCCUUAACAUUCUUCUCCAAAGGUAUGGAAAAGUAGCUUAUUUGGACACAGAUGUUGGGCAGCCUGAGUUCACGGUUCCAGGUUUCGUGUCCCUUACAGUUGUUGACAAAAUAACCCCAGAUUUGGCAAUUCCAUGCUUGAAGACACCUGAGAGGUGUUUUUUCUUUGGUGACGUAUCUUCAAAAAGGGAUCCAUCAACAUACUUGAAAUAUAUAUUUACCCUAUUCGAUUACUAUCGAGAGGAAUACUGCAUGUUUGACAAGAGUGAAAAUGCUGGUAGGAUAGAAUUGCCCCUUAUUGUCAAUACCCCUGGCUGGGUGAAAGGCAUUGGUUAUGAAAUAUUGGUGGAUAUGCUGAGAUUUAUUUGUCCUACUCAUGUUGUUAAGAUAAACAUAUCUGCCGAGAGUAAGAAUCUUCCAGGUGGGGCAUUCUGGUUAGAUGGUGAUUGUGAUGGGAUGGUUAAUAUUAUAGAGAUCAAAUCAGCUCAGCAGGACAACUUUAAUAGAUCGGUGCUAGUACAGAAGGAUGCUAGCCUUCUGCGAGAUUUACGGAUCAUGGCUUAUUUCAGGCAAUGCUUCCCUAGUGACAAGCCUAUUACUACAAUCAAAGAACUUGCACAUGCACUGGCUUCUCAUCCUCCUUAUGAAGUUCCAAUAUCAAUUAUCAAAAUUAGACAUCUUCACUGCCAGGUCCCAAGCACUGAAACAUACUACAGUUUGAAUGCUACUAUUGUUGGAUUGGCAGUUAGUUCAGAGGAGUCUGAGGAUUUGCCCUGGUGUGUUGGACUUGGAAUUGUGAGAGGAAUUGACACAUUCAAAGGUGUGCUUUAUGUGAUCACUCCUGUUCUUCCAAGCACUCUGGAGAAGGUCAAUCUUUUCCUGCAGGGCUUUAUUCAGAUUCCUACUUGCUUGUUGCAGGUUAAGGGAUGCAGAUCACCUUACGUAACUUCAAAUGUUUUGUCGGAUAGGUUUUACUAACCCAAAGAAUCAUUUUCAUCAAAGAUCUCUUAUUGAUGUUCCAAGUUUGCUUAUAUGGCCAUGUUGCUAUAGGCAGUUGCCAAUAGAUGACGUUAGCUGGCUUCUGUAUUUUUUUUUUUUUUAGUAACAGGGAGCUAGCUCUCAUAGUUUUUCUUAAAAGUUAUGUCCAUUAGUUCCACAGAAUAGGAUGUUCAACAACUAUCUUUUACAAAAAGUAGAGUCUGCUUUAUUGAUGAAAAAUAUUAGAUAUGCUAUAA